AUGGAGGGGGCGUGGGUGAUCAUCAUCGUCGUAUUGGCUUUCUGUGCACUACUACUUGCGAUUGUUUGCUUCUACUGUACAUUGCAUAUGUGUCGAUCGAAUCAUGUUAAAUACAGUGAAGUUCCAACAUCGCUUCCGCAAAUUCGCGUCACUGUUUCACAGAGUGCGUCGACGAUGAGCACUUCGCGUAUGAAUGGCGCAUACAGGGACCGCGUAUUCUCACGAGACGGUUGCUCUCCACCGUGGAUGGAUCCUCGCCAUGGAUCAACUCGAACCUCACCGUUUACAAGUCCAGCACCUGCUUCCACAUCCGACAGUUGUGAUCUUCUGAUCGAGGAAGAUCGAAGAACAUCGUUCACUAGAAACAGUAUGUUCCUUUUCGACGACGAUGUGGAUAUGGACAAUGAGCUCAACGAAAUGGAUGAUCGGUCCGUGCUUCACUACGAACUAGGAUUUUACGAGAAAAGCGGCGACAACUGUUAUCGUGGGACGCUCACUUUUGCGCUACGUUAUGACUUCAUUCAUCGGGUGCUAAUGUUACACGUGCUUAGAGCGAAUCAUUUACCUGUCGAGGAAAAAGGUAGGACCGUUGAUCCCUACGUGAAGAUGUACUUAUUACCGGAGCGAAGAAAUCAUUGUAAGACAAGGAUUUGUAAGAAAACACUUGAUCCUGACUUUAACGAGAUGUUCUCCUUUGAUGUCGCUUUCAAUAGCUUAUCCGGAAGGAUGUUACAGUUUACUGUGUACGACUUCGACCGGUUCACACGUCAUGGUUUAAUAGGAAAUGUGAUUAUGAGAGAUCUUUUCGAUAAAAGUGAUCUCUAUACUUGGACUGAGUAUACGAUGCAAAUUGUUGGCAGCCAAGAAAAGAACGAUUUUGGCGAUUUGCUCUUGUACCUAAUGUACUCGCCAAAUGAGCAGAAAUUAUUCGUUACUGUCGCAAAAGCAUAUAAUCUCCGACCUAUGGAUAUUACUGGAGCGUCUGAUCCUUACGUGAAAGUGGAACAAGUAUAUCGAGGAAAGCGUGUGAAAUUGCGCAAAUCCACAUGUAAACGUGCAAAUUUGAAUCCGGUCUACCACGAAACGUUGGAGUACGAUCUACCAAUGAAUCAGGUGGCCGAAACAAAUUUCCUGGUGCAAGUUAUGGAUUGGGAUAGAAUUGGAAAAGAUGAUCUACUCGGGUGCUGUGUGUUAGGGAAGGAUAGCCCUACCGUUGAGGGUCGUACACAAUGGGAGAAUUGCUUCCUUGCACUUUCACAUACGGAUGUUAACGGCCAAAAGAGAAAGCCCGUUGGACAAUGGCACAGUAUAUUAUCAGAAGUUCCUGAACAAUUCAGGAACAUACCAAAAGCCAAGAAGUAG